UCAGGCUGCUUUGUUGUAGGGAGUCUCAGCGAUGUCAGUAUUUCUGGAUGCUCUGGAUAUGCUGUCAGGGACUCAAGGUGCUAAGGGGAGAAGGGUCAUGCUCAGCUGGCCCUGGAAAGAGGCUGUGUCAUUACUUCUUCUGUACACAUCUCUAAACCAUGUUUUGUGGCCACAUGAGGAACUUCAGGGUUUUGCUCCUGCUAUACUGUGUCAGAUUGAUUGAACCAGUGGCAUGAAUGGCAGCACUGAAUCUUCCAGUUUCCAAAAGUUCAGAAGAGACACUGGAUACCAGAUAACCUGGCUGCAAGUGGAAGAAGCACAAGGCUGGGAAUGGUGACCACUCACCUCAGCUAUCCAACAGCAUGGCAGUUUGUUCACCGAUAUUCUGCUGCCUUCUUAUGUACUGUUAUGUUUGGUUGGAAACCAUCAGCUUCACUGAACACCACUACACAAACAGAAAAACUUUUGUGGACUUCCCAAAUGGACAGGGAUGCUUUGUCCAACUGUGUGGCCUCAGACAACAGAGAGGGCCAUCAUAGAAACAUGCCUGAAGGGCAGGCUUGGAGGAAGACAGCUCUGCUGCAGCUGAGGCUGGAGAUGCCCGAACCUGCACAGCUGUCACAGUGAAGGCUUCUCAGGUGGCCUCUCAGGUGACUUCUCAGGCAAACCAGGCUCAUCACUGCCAAGCAGAAGCUGUGGCUCUUGGAGAGGAGACAGGCCUGAUGGAGAAACAGGAACUUCAUUAUUAAAAAUCAGCACAAUGAGGAGAAGACAGAGAGCGCCAUCUUCCCGGAGACAUCCCUCCCUGGAACACACACUCUGGACCUUCCUUCUCAGCCGCAGAAGACAGGGUUAUGAGGACCACCUGGCAAGGGAAGGCCGGUCGCAGCCCGCUCCAGGCCCUGUACGAGAGCGACCAGUUUGAGCAGUCAUCGCUGCAGGCGGUUCACCAGCAGAGACGGGAGCUGUUGAGCAACGUCUGCAACCGUUACACCCGCAAACGGCGUCUCCUGAGGCCGGAUGACUUGCGGCACUUGGUGGUGGAUGAUAUGCAUGGGCUGCUCUACUGCUAUGUGCCCAAAGUGGCCUGCACUAACUGGAAGCGGGUCAUGAUGGUCCUGACAGGGCAAGGCAAAUACCGGGACCCUCUGGAAAUCCCUGCCAAUGAGGCCCAUGUCUCAUCCAACCUGCGCACCCUCUCCGAGUACAGCAUCCCUGAGAUCAACCACCGCCUGCGCAGCUACCUCAAGUUCAUCUUCGUGCGGGAGCCCUUUGAGCGCCUGGUCUCAGCGUACCGCAACAAGUUCACCCGCAGCUACAACACAGCCUUCCACAAGCGCUACGGGACCAAAAUCAUCCGACGGCACCGGCAGGAGCCCAGCGACAAGGCUUUGGAGCGCGGGGACGACGUGCGCUUUGAGGAGUUCGUCUACUACCUGCUGGAUCCGCGGACGCAGCGGGAGGAGCCCUUCAAUGAGCACUGGGAGCGGGUGCACUCACUGUGCCACCCCUGCAUUGUCCACUAUGAUGUGGUGGGCAAGUAUGAGACCUUGGUGGAAGAUGCCAACUACAUCCUCCAGCUGGUCGGGGCCGACACUACUGUCAAGUUCCCGUCCUCAUCCAAGACCACCAGGACCACGGAUGACAUGACAGCCCAGUUCUUCCAGGACAUUAGCCCCUUCUACCAAAGGAGACUCUUUAAUUUAUACAAAAUGGACUACUUGCUCUUCAAUUACUCCAUCCCCUCUUACCUCCGCAUCCGAUGAGAGUGGGCCUAGGGGAGUGGUGAUGGAGAGCUGGAUAACUCAUCUUAUCACAACUCCUCUCCUCCCAGCCCAUACUCAUCUCUCAGUUCAUCCCUGCUGCCUCCCCCGGGCCCUCUCCAUUACUGCUCCACAUCCAGCUGCCUCGUUCAGACCCAGUCUGCAGGGAGGACACCUCAUGAAACACUGGGGCUGGAGCUUUUCCUUCCCUUUUCCUCCCCCACUUUGACAUCUACAGUAGAUGUUCAUGGGGACAGGACGCUGCUGGGUUUGAGGGCUUGACUUGUCUGGUGACUUUCUCUCAAUGAAGAGACUCGUCUGCAGAUCCAAGUCUUGGGAAGGCUCCUUCUUUGGGCAGGAUCCCUUUGGGUCUUUCUCCUCGUUACUGGGCUGUUUGGGGGACAGACAUGGAGUCUCGGGGCGGGGGGGGGGGGAGCAGAGUGGAGCAUGUUGGAGACUUGCAUAGAACCCUAAAUAAAGCAAUAAUUUAAUGUAA